AUGGACUCCAGCUUCCUCCCUGCCGGCGGCGCGGAGAAUGGCUCGUCGGGCGGCGCCAACAAUGGCGUCGUCGCUCAGCAGGCUCCGCCGCCGAUCCGCGAGCAGGACCGGCUGAUGCCGAUCGCGAACGUGAUCCGCAUCAUGCGUCGCGUGCUGCCGGCGCACGCCAAGAUCUCGGACGACGCCAAGGAGACGAUCCAGGAGUGCGUGUCCGAGUACAUCAGCUUCAUCACGGGGGAGGCCAACGAGCGGUGCCAGCGGGAGCAGCGCAAGACCAUCACCGCCGAGGACGUGCUGUGGGCCAUGAGCCGCCUCGGCUUCGACGACUACGUCGAGCCGCUCAGCGUCUACCUCCACCGCUACCGCGAGUUCGAGGGCGAGGCGCGGGGCGUCGGGCUCGCCCCGGGUGGCCCUCCGCGCGGCGGCGGCGACCACCACCACCACCACCACCCCCUCAAGUCCCGCGGGCCCGGCUCCGGAGCCGCCAUGUUACCGCACCACCACCACGACCACGACAUGCAGAUGCACGCCGCCAUGUACGGGGGCACCGUGCCCCCGCCGCCGGGGCCUCCGCACCACGGCGGGUUCCUCAUGCCACACCCACAGGGCGGCAGCCACUACCUGCCUUACCCCUACGAGCCCACGUACGGCGGCGAGCACGCCAUGGCCGCGUACUACGGAGGGGCCGCCGCGUACGCGCCCGGCAACGGCGGGAGCGGCGACGGCAGUGGCAGAGACGGCGGGAGCGCGUCGCACACACCGCAGGGCAGCGCCGGCUUCGAGCACCCGCACCCGUUCGCGUACAAGUAG